GGGGAGCACCGAGCAGAAGUAGAAGAAGACGAAGAAGGAGAUGGACAAGACUGUGCUCGGAGACCUCGAUUCCCUUCCCGAAGAUGACAGGCUCAGGUUGUCCGCCAUUAUCGACCAGCUCCAAACCCGCGACAGUCUAAGGUUGUACAAUUCUUUGGUGGAGAGAUGCUUUACUGAUUGUGUCGACUCUUUCUGGCGCAAGGCUCUCGGCAAGGAAGAGGAGAGGUGUGUGGUCCACUGUGCUCAGAAGUUCUUGAGAGUGUCUGCGCUCGUUGGGAUGAGAUUAGCAGAGCUUAAUGAUGGAGCAGCUCUACCACUCCAAGACUAGCCAGUUUUGUAGCAUAGGGUGAUUAACUGUAAUAAAACCCAUUUGUGCUAGCUCCGAUUUUUGACAUGUUACCCUGAGAAAAAAAAUGUUACUUGUGUGGAUUGCUCGAGAAGGCAGGAAAGUUGAUUCGUUGCAAGAUGAUUGAUUCGUUGCAUAAAAGUUGUAAGCUCCGCAAGAGCAUGAUUUAUCUUCGGUUCGCAAUUGCUCGGAAGUUGUAGUUAAGAUGGUUCCCUUUUUUUUGCCUGCAGACUUGGUGAUUGAAUCAUGCAACAAUUCAGAACUC